ACUGUCUCAAUGGAUGUGGUAUCAGCCUGGGCCCCAGCAGUGGGUUUCACACUCCUGCCCCAUGCAGGAGGAUUUUUAGGAAGCAAGAUAACCAAAAAGGAAAUCCCAGUGUGGUAUCAAUCUCUACAGAAGCCAACCUGGUGUCCACCCAACUGGAUGUUUGCUCCUGUUUGGGGAACGCUCUACACAUCUAUGGGAUACGGCUCUUAUCUGGUGUGGAAGGAAUUGGGGGGCUUCAAGGAAAAGUCGGUGGUUCCUCUGGGUCUGUAUGCAGGGCAGCUGGCAUUAAACUGGGCAUGGACUCCAAUAUUUUUUGGAGCUCACAAAAUGGGAUGGGGGCUGGUGACUCUCCUGCUCACAACUGGUACAGCAACAGCUACAGCUGCUUCCUGGUAUAACAUCAACAAAACAGCAGCUUAUUUGAUGGUUCCUUAUUUAGCUUGGCUAACCAUGGCUUCUGCACUCAACUACCGUAUCUGGAAGGACAAUCGCAACAAGAAACAAUCUGAAUAAACAGUUUUCAGCCAAAAAGAUACUCUUUUUUUCACAAGAAUUUUCUAAAUAAAAGUUAGAGCCUUAUUUUAUUUUUAGCUGAACUACUUACACCA